CCGGGUCCGGCCGCUGAUUCUGAACAACACAGAUCUCUUCCUUGUCAGCACGGACAUGCUGGUUUGCAUUGCCCUGCACAUCAGAGCAAUACAAAGCAGCAUGUCUACAUAGUAAAAUACAUACAGACACAGCACACUAUGUAAACCACAACGCAGUACUCUGUUAACCCUUUGAUCACCCCAGAUGUUAACUCCUUCCUACCCAGUGUCAUUAGUACAGUGACAGUGCUUUUUAUUAGCUGUAUUAGUGUCAGUGGGGAUGUCAGUGGCAGUUAGUCAGUUCCCACCUAGUGUCAGAAUGCCCACCACAGUCCCGCUAUGA